GCGCCGGGGCUGCGGGCGGGGCCGCGGCCGCCUGAGGGACCCGGGCGCCGGCGUCCCGAGGGACGCGGGAUCGCAUCCCGAGGGACACGGGCACCGCCACAGCGUCCUGAGGGACCCGGGCACCUGCGGCGGGACAUGGGUCCGAAAAAAAAGUGCAAACAUGAAAUCUGAUGGCAAAAAGGAAUCGAAGAAAGAAAAGGAAAAGAGGCUGAAAGCUGAAGCCCUAUUAAGAGCUCAACAAGAAGAAGUAGAAAGACUUGAAAGGGAGAGACUGUAUCAAGAGCACUUGGAAAAGCUUGAGGCAAAGUAUCAAGGAGAGAGGGAGUCUGAACUAGCAGAACUUAAUUCACUGGAACAGAAGUUUCUUUCUGCACAACAGUGGAAAAUUAAUUACAGAGAACAAGCUAAGUGGGAGCACUACCUCAGCUGUGAUGGGACUCCUGACCCCACUGUACCUCAGGAAAUCAACACUUUCAUGAGCCUGUGGCGUGAUGAACAAGAUGAGGACGUUCAGCUUGUGAUGGAGAAGGAGGAAGUGGUGCUAAAUUUGAUUGAGAAGUUGGAGUUUCUUCUGCUGGAGGCAUCCCCAGAAGAGAUCACAGACAAACAACGAGACCAGUACCAGGAAGUUAUUCUGCAAUUGCAGGAUCUGCUUCAUCAGAAGUUCAAUGAUGCCACACAGAACCUGCUCAAAAUAGCUAGUAUGUAUGAAGAUUCUGAAACUGGGAAUAUGCACACAGUCCUAAAGGAUGAAAACAUUACUUUCUGUAUUUGGGUCAAUCUGAAGAAGAAAGCAAGGUUCAAGAGCCACGUGUUCCAGGAGGCAGGGCACGGCUUCGAGCUGCCCAAGGCCCUGGCUCUGAGCAGCGUGGCCGUUCGCGUGCUGCACACCCGCUACGACCACGUGUCUCCCCUGUGGGUGCAGUGCCAAGGGCUGCCAAGGCAGGAGGCCUCAGACAGCAUGGAGUUAGCUGAGCAUCCAGAAGACACUGGGCAAGGACCAGAAGAGGAGGAGGAAGGCAGGGAAGAACCCAACACGCCUGCUGCAGAAGAAACGGGUUCUAAGGGGAGAAAGGAGAGUGCUGCCUCACUGAAAGAAAACAGCAAUAACACAGCUGAUAUAAAAGAGACAAAGGAGGAAACUGAGAAGAAAUCAGACAUUUUGGAUGUGCCAUCACAAGAGGAGGAUGCCCUGCUGCAGGAGGAGCCAGGAGGCAGAGAAGAGGCACCAAAAGCUGUGGAUUUGCAGCAGCUGAUGCCCGUGGGGGGUGUGUUCCACAUCUCUGCCCUGCAGCUGCCGCCCCAGGCCCAGGACGUCGGGGACUGGAGCAUGGUGGAGCUGCUGGAUGUUGGAUUGGAGGUGUAUCCAUAUUCCCCAGGAGAAGCUGAAGAUGGCACAGAGGAAGCAGUACAGAUAACCCUGAGGCUC